AUGGUUAGAUUGAAGUUCCCCAUAACCCCUUUUACUCUAUGUUCUCAAUCAAAUCCUGCUCUCAAAACCCGCUCCCUGACGUCGCUCAUAUUCUAUAAAUUUGAUUCUACAUCGUAUUUGACGGAAAUUGCUGCAAAUCACCCAAUUGUUCUUUGGCAAAGUUGUUGUUUUCGUUUAUUUGUUCACUCUUAUGCGCAGAUAGAUUGUUGGAAAUCAGAGUUUCCCCAGAUCUGUUACGGAUGCGGUGGUGGGUGUGGUGGCAACGGCGCUUCAUCAAGUGGUGGUAGGGUUCAUCUAGGCUCAUGGGUUGUUUUAGGGUUUUGGUUAUGUUGGCUUUGUUUGGGCUUAUGGCUAAUUGUGGUGAUGUAG